AAGGGGAAGGAACUACUAAAGAUGAAAGCCGUCUCAGCUGUCUCAUCUGCUUUGAAGGAUUAACUCAGACCCUCCCCUGUGAUGCCACAGCUGAAGGCCCAGGGUUUCUGGAGGGUACAAACCUUUAUGAGUGUGUCUGUGCUACAGACCAGCCAGAGGAGGCUGUGAGGGCUGCUGAAGAUGUCCGAUAGUCUGGAUAUUGAAGAGAAACCUCCAGCUCCACCRUUGAGAAUGAACAGCAACAAUCGCGAUUCUUCAGCACUAAACCACAGCUCAAAACCGCUUCCCAUGGCCCCUGAGGAGAAGAACAAGAAAGCCAGGCUGCGCUCCAUCUUUCCAGGAGGAGGGGAUAAAACCAACAAGAAGAAAGAGAAAGAGCGUCCUGAGAUCUCUCUUCCUUCAGACUUUGARCACACCAUUCAUGUGGGAUUUGAUGCAGUCACUGGAGAAUUCACAGGCAUUCCAGAGCAGUGGGCCAGGCUACUACAGACCUCCAACAUAACAAAGCUGGAGCAGAAGAAGAACCCACAGGCUGUUYUAGAUGUUCUCAAAUUUUAUGAUUCCAAAGAAACAGUUAACAACCAGAAAUACAUGAGCUUUACGUCAGGAGAUAAAAGCGCCCAUGGAUACAUAGAAGCCCAUCCGUCGAGCACAAAAACAGCAUCAGAACCUCCUCUGGCUCCCUCUGUGUCUGAAGAAGAGGAUGAAGAUGAUGAAGAAGAGGAAGAUGACAAUGAACCUCCUCCUGUUAUUGCCCCACGGCCUGAACACACGAAAUCAAUCUACACACGCUCUGUUAUUGAACCUGCCGCUGCACCAGCACCAGCUAAAGAAGCCACCACACCCCAACCUGAAAACUCAAACACAAACACUCUGUACAGAAACACAGACCGACAGCGAAAAAAGUCCAAGAUGACAGAUGAGGAGAUCCUAGAGAAACUGAGGAGCAUUGUGAGUGUGGGAGAUCCCAAGAAGAAAUACACUCGAUUUGAAAAAAUUGGCCAAGGGGCUUCAGGAACUGUUUAUACAGCGAUUGACAUCGCCACAGGACAAGAGGUGGCCAUAAAGCAAAUGAAUCUCCAACAGCAGCCCAAAAAGGAACUAAUUAUCAAUGAAAUCCUGGUCAUGAGGGAAAAUAAAAAUCCCAAUAUUGUUAACUAUUUAGACAGCUACCUUGUUGGUGAUGAGCUGUGGGUGGUGAUGGAAUACUUGGCUGGAGGCUCUUUAACCGAUGUUGUCACCGAGACCUGCAUGGAUGAAGGACAGAUAGCUGCUGUCUGUCGGGAGUGCCUGCAAGCCCUGGAUUUCCUUCAUUCCAACCAAGUGAUCCAYAGAGACAUCAAAAGUGACAAUAUUCUUCUUGGGAUGGACGGAUCUGUCAAAUUGACUGAUUUUGGCUUCUGUGCUCAGAUCACCCCUGAGCAGAGUAAACGGAGCACAAUGGUGGGGACUCCUUACUGGAUGGCACCAGAAGUUGUAACAAGGAAAGCAUAUGGCCCCAAAGUGGACAUCUGGUCGCUUGGGAUCAUGGCAAUAGAAAUGGUGGAAGGAGAACCUCCUUACCUUAAUGAAAAUCCUCUCAGGGCGCUGUAUCUGAUAGCUACAAAUGGGACGCCGGAGCUGCAGAACCCGGAGCGGCUCUCGGCCGUGUUCCGAGACUUUCUCAACUGCUGCCUGGAGAUGGAUGUGGACAGGCGAGGGUCUGCCAAGGAGCUUCUGCAGCAUCCAUUUUUAAAAUUAGCCAAGCCGCUGUCGAGCCUGACUCCCCUGAUCAUUGCAGCGAAGGAAGCGAUUAAGAACAGCAGCCGCUAGCACUGCAGGUCGGCUUUCUGCCCUGCCAGCUCGGAGCAGGACUGAGAACACAAACUCUGUAAAACCUCAACUCUCAUGCUGCGGGACAGAUGGAUGGAUGAACAAACCAACGGUCACAGUCAUGGUGGUAGGACCACCCCAGUUCCUCAAGGAGUAAAAAAUUAUCAUUUGUCUUCUUCCUGCUUUCUGGCUCCUUAAUUUAUUUUUAAGAUGAAUCGGGGCUAAGGACAGAGAGGUAAUGACAGAAAAUGCUUUGCUGCCUCAAUCAUUUCCAAGGUAAAGCAAAUCCAGUUGGAAGAUUCCCUUCCUUCUCACCCUGUGAAUAAGCUGUACAUUCACUUUUAAAUUGUCAGUUCUUUCUAAACGAUGUAAAGUCGUGUUUAUGGGGUUUUUGGUAUGGUUUGGAAUUGGAGAAGGGCAAUUCUUCAUUCAUCAACUCCAGACUGCACUGCCUUUUGAAUACAGCCCACUCACCAGUUUUUGCCCAGUCAUGGUACUUCUAGAUGCGGAAGAAAGUGCAAUUGCAUUUCCAACCAAAAAGGAAGAGUGGGACAGACAAAACAUCCUGUGGAGAUACAGGCGUUCAGCUGGGACUGUUUCGGUUCUUGCCAAUUGGAUUGAUACCCCUAACUGCAAUCUCUUUGCCUGGGUGAGAGUCUUACUCAGCUGAAAAAGCAGGAAGAUCAGUUGGUGUGCUCGGGAUGCAGAGCUGUCAGAGCAAUGUUGGGGAGAGCAGACCCAGCCAUACCUGGUGCUGAGCACCAGCAGAGCCCUGGCAGAGCCCAGAGCAGCCUGAGCAUCGGCAAAGCCAGGCUGGAAGGAGGUGCUGGUAGCAACAAGCGACAGCAGCCCUGCCCUGGGUGCCUCUCCCUGGGACAGGACUAAUCACUCUGUCUCAGAGCCAAACUGGCUGUAGGCUGCUCCCCAGGGGAAGCGUGGCCAUGCUGUGAAAUGCAGAGCCUGAUGGGAUUGGCCAUCCUGAGUCUCAGCAGGAUUGGAGAAGGACAAGCAGAACAGAGCAGUGGUGUCACUUCUGAGGGUGCCUAUUCUCCUCCCAGCUGUCUUGUAGCUCCUGGGAAAGGUUCAUAGUGUCUGGAAUUGUCAGCAGAGGAGGAGGGAGCUGGGCUGCUCCCCAGGCUCCUGCACAGCUGAUUGUCCUUUAGGCACAGAAGUUCUGCCCUGGGAAUCAAAGCUGACACGAGGGACAACCUGCACAGUUGAGAUCUGCUGGAGCCAUUGCAGCAGCCAGCUCUGGAAGGAAGCGCCUUAAAACCUGGAGUUGCCCCCUGAGGAUGAGCAAAGGUGUGAAAURCAGAGUGGAUUGCAGAAUUACUGAGAGGCACCAGGCCAGCCUGCUUUCUGCUGUCCUAUGUAUGGCAAGCACUGCAUAGUGAAGCUUGAGCUGCUGCAAGAGAGGGAAUCGAGCACGUGCCUGACAAUUGUGCUUGACUAGUCAGCGGAUUUGGAAGGGAGCAGAAYAGUUUCAGUAUACAAUUUGUGYUUUAUUUAUUCGUUUCUGAAAGAMMCAAUGUGGCUUCACUCAGUAAAAGCAUUUGCACGGCGUAUUUGUUGCUGAAUUUUAGGAGUACAACUCAUGCAAGACCUUCAAAACAGCAACUGARGCAACACRCACCUGGUAAGCAAAAAMGCUCCCACAGUAAAACUGCUUUCUGCUAUAGAUCUUCAUGCUGGCCUGGUUCCUGCAAAGGGUUAAGCAGCCUUUAAGGCACUCACCGCCUUCAUGUCUUGCCAGCAGGAACGAAGGAUGCUUGGGCUGUUCUUGAAUCAGGCCAGGAGCUUGUCUGCCUUUGGCAUCCUGUUUAGUUGCAGCCUUUGUGUGGCAAGCGUCCUGACUGCUGCUCCCCUUGCUCAUGCUGGCCGUCCCAGUGUCCUUGGCAGAGGCAAAAGGCAAAGCAACACUYCUUGAGUUACCACAACUAAGUAGGAAUUAACUUUUCUUCUUUUCCUGGGGAGCACAACAGGUCCAGUUUUUCAGAUGGCCAAAUAACACAUCAAGGCGAGCAGCUCUGGUUUCCUGAGCUGGGGGAACACCAGGAGGAGCCGAGGGAGCUGCCAGGAGCCCACAGCUGGAGCGACAGUGGCUGACAGGACCUGGAGCAGUGGCUGCCAAGCUUUACCCCCAGCAAGGAAGCCACUGGCAAGUGGCAGUGGCCAGGAUAGGCCAACAGGCCAGAGCAGAGCAGAUUGUGCAGAAGGCCAUGCAGGAUGGUACUGAAGCCCUUGACCAGUGGUGUCCACCCAACAGAAAGCAAUGGCUUCUCUAAACUCUGCACCCACCACGACUGACACGACUGCCCAGACAGAGCUGCGGUGGGAUGGUGCUGCCAGCCAGGAGUCACCUGCAGGCUGGGCCCUGCUCUUAGGCCAGUCCUGGUGGCAGCAGUGUGGGUCCAGCUGUGGGACAUGUGCCUGGGAAGAGGAGCUCCUCCGCUUUGGGCCAGUUGCAGCAGGAGGCAAAAGAGGGGCAGGAGCAUCUGAGGUCACCGAGCCCCUUUCCAUCAUUUACCAGUGGCCCUGGCUAAGGGGGAGAUCCCAGGUGAUGGGAGGAGGGCAAAUGUGACAUUGAUCUACAUGAAGGAGGCUCUGGGGAGCUACAGGUCUGUCAGCCUGACCUCAGUGCUGGGAAAAGCCAUGGRGCAGAUCAUCUGGAAUGUCAUCACACAGCACAUACAGAACAACCAYGGAAUCAGGCCCAGCUCAUGUGGGUUUUUGAAAGGCAGGUGCUGCCUGACCAGCCUGAUCUCCUUUUAUGACUAGGGCAUGAGGAGAAAGGCUAUGGAUGUCUACCUGGAAUUUAGUAAAGCCUUUAACAGUGUUUCCCUCUGCUUUCUCCUGGAGAAACUGGCUGCUCGUGGUUUGGAUGGGGAUACUGUUCUCUGGGUAAAAAACUGUCUGCAUGGCUGGGCCCAGAGAGUGGUGGGGAAUGGAGUCACAUCCAGCAGGGGCUGGCACCAGUGCUGUGCACCAGGGCUGGGACUGGGACCAGUUGUGUUGAAUAUCUGUAUCAGUGGUCUGGACGAGGGGAUUGAGGGCACUCUCAGGCAGGUAGCACCAAGCUGGGUGGGAGUGUUGAUCUCCUGGAGGACAGGAAGGCUCUGCAGAGAGAUCUGGACAGGCUGGAUCAAUGGCCUGAGGCCAGCUGCAUGAGGUUCAACAAGGCAAAGGGUCAAUCCUGCGCUGGGGUCACACAACUCCCUGCAGUGCUCCAGGCUUGUCUGGAAAGUGCCUGCUGGGAAAGGACCUGGGAGUCCUGGUCAAGAGCAGCUGAACAUGAGCCAGCAGUGCACAACUACCUGAAAAGAGGGUGGAGCAGUGGGGGAAUCGGCCUCUUCUCCCAAAUAACAAGGGAUGGGACAAGCAGAAAUGGCUGCAAAUUGCACCAGGGGAGGUUUAGACUGGAUAUAGGAAAAAUUACUUCAGUGAAAGGAUGGUCAAGUAUUGGAACAGGCUAUGCAGGGCAGAGGUUGAGUCACCAUCUCUGGAGGGAUUUAAAAGGUGUCUAGAUGUGGCAUGUGGGGACAGGUUUAACAGUGGACUUGGCAGUGCUGGGUUGAUGGGUGGACUCGAUGAGCUCAGAGGUCUUUUCCAGUCUUUUCCAACCUGAACGAUUCUGUUCUGUUUAGAAGACUUUGUUUCUCUUGUGAGGUCGCAUUGUUGUCUGUCAGCUCAAGAUCUCUGUCUGUAGGAGAAGCUYCCUUGSGRAAGAGUAAUUGGGGCUGGAGAUGGGCUGCUCUCAAUGUGUAAAAAUUGAUCAGGAUGRAACAUGUUUGUAUUCCUGUAAGAAGUGAAGAAAUGAGUGAGUUUCUGUUUCCAGUAURUCUUUUAUUUUUACUUAUCCACAAAAGAACAGACAGCCGUCCUUUAAAAGGAAAGCAYUUUGCAAUGGCACAUGUUUGCUGGACAUACUGUCUAAAUACUUCUGUUGACAAACUACACUAUUUGAUUGGGGAAGAGGGGAAUUUCCUAUUUAUUUCCUUUACCUGUAAGUAUUUCAGCAUCUCUACUUUAAAAAAAGAAAACCUACCACCACAACUUUCCAGAAAWAAGCAGGUAYRAA